AACUCCAUCUCUUCAAAAAGACACACCUCUCUUACUUCAACAAGCACAACUUUUCUUUUACCCUCUCAAAGGUGAAGGUUCAGUGGUCAAAAGCACAAAGGUCUUAUCUUUGUGAACUAUUUCGGGCUCCCUAUGUUCAGGCACUGCGACAGCUGCUAAUGAUCACUUUGUGGGUACUUCCUGGAACCUCUGGUCAGCUACAUUACAUGAAGACAAGUUCUGUUUUUGUAGUCUAAUUAGACCUCAGUAGUCUGUGAAGUGUGAACUUAUUUGGACUGGUGGCUCUGGUUUCUCUGAUUCAUCAUUUGUUUAAAGAUCUCAUCCUGGGUACUUGCUUGUUCGGUUCUUGAAGUUUAAUGUUUUGAAGGAGGUGAAGAUAGUAAAAUGUAUGGACUGAGAGUGACUACUAGACACAAGCGUUCAAAGAGCUUGCCAGACAAGAAAAGAGUUGAGGAAGAUGGCUUAGAUAGUUCCUUUGAAGCAUCAGGCCGCAUAAAGCUAAAUAUGGGGCAAUUGAAAAACUCUGCCAAAUCCAAGAAGAAACAAUCUCCUAAGACUGAAGUGCAAAAUUCUUUAAAGCAAGAGAUUCUACAGCUUGAGAAAAGAUUACAAGAUCAAUUUGAGGUCCGUCGUGCUAUGGAAAAUGCUUUGGGUUACAAGACUUCUUCCCAUGAUAGUACGACUGAGCUGUCAAUGCCUAAGCCAGCCACAGAAUUAAUUAAAGAAAUUGCGGUACUGGAGUUGGAAGUUGUACAUCUGGAACAAUAUCUUCUCUCCUUGUACAGGAAGGCAUUUGAUCAGCAAACAUACUUGGUUUCUCCAUCUAAACAGGAUCGAAGUCUAAAAACCCCUGUCACAACCCCAAGACGAAGGUUGUUUGAUGUUUCCAGGCCUGAGACAUCAAAGAAGGAAACUUCAGCAACUCAAACUGCUUGUCAGUCACGUGACAAUAAAUGGAAGGAAACCAAUGUUAUUGGAGGAGAAGAGAAACUAUUAGAUUCUGGAGUUCAUCGCUGUCACUCUUCAUUGUCACAACGCUCAGCAUUUUCAAAUAGAACCUCUCCUCCAGAAGAAUCUCUUGGUAGGGCUGUACGUGCUUGCCAUUCCCAGCCAUUGUCCAUGAUGGAGUAUGCGCAGAGUGCUUCAAACAUUAUCAGUUUGGCUGAGCAUCUUGGUACUAGUAUUUAUGACCAUGUUCCAGAGACACCUAACAAGCUUUCAGAGGAUAUGAUAAAGUGCAUGUCAGCUAUAUAUUGCAAACUUUCAGAUCCACCUUUGACGCAUAAUGGCCUUUCAUCUCCCAAUUCAUCUUUAUCAUCAAUAAGUGCAUUUUCCCCGCGAGAACAAUGUGAUAUGUGGAGUCCAGGAUUUAGGAAUAACUCAUCCUUUGAUGUGCGAUUGGAUAACCCUUUCCUUGUUGAAGGCCUGAAAGAGUUCAGUGGACCAUACAGUACAAUGAUUGAAGUGCCAUGGAUUUAUAGAGAUAGUCAAAAGUUAGGAGAUGUUGAAAACUUGCUACAAAAUUUCAGAUCACUUAUAUGUCGAUUGGAAGAAGUCGAUCCUAGGAAGCUCAAACAUGAGGAAAGACUAGCUUUCUGGAUCAAUAUACACAAUGCACUAGUGAUGCAUGCAUUUCUGGCGUAUGGGAUUCCACAAAACAAUGUUAAGAGGCUCUUUCUACUUUUGAGGGCUGCAUAUAAUGUUGGGGGUCAUACAUUUAGUGCAGACACGAUACAGAGUUCUAUCCUUGGAUGCCGGAUGUCUCGUCCUGGACAGUGGAUUCGAUUUUUAGUUUCAUCAAAGUUCAAAUUCAAGACUGUAGAAGAACGGCAAGCAUAUGCAAUUAACCGUCCAGAACCUCUUUUGCACUUUGCACUCUGUUCUGGAAGCCAUUCUGAUCCUGCGGUUCGUGUCUACACUCCAAAAAGAGUAAUCCAUGAGCUUGAAGCUGCGAAGGAAGAGUACAUCCGAGCUACCUUCGGUGUCCGCAAGGGCCAGAAAGUCCUACUUCCGAAGAUCAUGGAAUCCUAUGCAAAGGAUUCAGGUUUAUGUCCAGCGGGUCUUCUUGAAAUGAUCCAACAAACUCUGCCUGAAUCUGUAAGGAAGUGUCUUAAGAAAUGUCAGCUAGGAAAGCCUCGUAAGACUAUUGAAUGGAUUCCACAUAAUUUUACUUUUCGGUACCUGAUAUCUAAAGAGCUUGUAAAGUGAUCCUGGCACUCGAUCUCAUUCGCCUAGUUCUUAAGGUUUUUAUAUUUUGAGAUUUUGAAAUUUUUUUCCUUGUACAAAUUAGGAGAUGAACCGGAAAUGGAGGAUAGAACAAUGCUAUAUUUUGUUUUGUAUAACUUGCUCUCCAUUCUGCUUGUUCCAGUAGUGGAAGCUUUCAUGAUUUCUGUGAUGUUUGGAAAGGAAAUGAAAAUGUGCAUUGAAUAUUAUACAUGUA